AUGGACAAUCCCGAAACUGCAGAGUUCUUGUGCGGCCUCGAAGGCACGGACGUCACUCUCGAUCCACCGUCCGAGCCGCCUUUCCACCUGCCCCGCCAAACCUGGGUGAUCGACAAGAAGCUCUCUGAACGACCUCAGUGGAUGACGCAGGAGGACGUUACUGAUGGCCUUGGACAUCCGUUCGCGGCCGCUAAGUUUUUAUGCCAUCGCAAGGAAGACCCUAGCAAGAAGGCUUUUAUGCGGAUUUAUCUUCAAAUUCCUGUCGUUGGAACUCAAUAUCAAACCCUUCAGAUUCGACGAAAGCAGGCUGCUAAGCCACAGUCACACGUUGAGUUGACGGCCUUGAAAGAGCUCAAGAAAUUGGGAUGCGACGUUGGAGAGCAAGGCGAAGACAGUAUCGUUCCGGGAGGUUAUAUCACUUAUGUGGUCUGGGACAAAGUCCCUGGGGAGCCUCUAAACGCAGAGGAAUUCUGGGAGCUAGAUCUUGAGUCACGCCAAGCGAUCCGCAUUAAAUUUCGUGAAGCCUUCCCAACGCUGAAGAAGUAUGGUUACCUACCGCUUAUGUCAACCAUGUCGAAGAUCAUCUAUGACAAGGCCACCGGGGAUAUGCAUUUCUCAGGUUUUAGAGGCGCGGGCCGUACUGAUACAAACGAAGAGUGGCAUGACAAGUCCUACGUUCUGUUUCAUUUGGCCAAGCCAUCUCCGAAGACGGACUGGGUCAAGGAUCCCACAGGGUGGACUUGGUGA